ACUGUGAUACGUCACUUCCUGUAAUUCAUGAUGGCGCUGCCCAUGACAGAUCUGGCACAUUGACGUGUUCGGCUUCUCCUCGCUCGGAGCUUCGUGGCGUUUUAUUGGUAAAAGAAGUCGGCAGAUAUAUUCGUAGCGUAAUCUCUGUGGACGUGAGCCGCUGAUCAUGUCCCUUCACAGACUGACCUUCAGGCUGCGACCCACGGUGAGGGUGGCACAUGUCAGAUGGCUUCAUACCAGUAGAUGUGUCCAGCAGCAGGAGGCUGUGGCUGUGGAGCAACAACCAGAGUCCAUCUCAGUCUUCAGGACACAGGAGAAAGAACCGGCUUGCCACUCAGAGAAGCACGUCGGACAGUUCUACACCCUGCCUUCUGCACACGUCCGGCACCUGUUUCCUAACGGCCUACCAUGGCGCUUUCAACACCAGACGAAGACGUUCAAUGAGACCUGCAUCAUGGUGCGACAGCCAGCCUUGGAGGUCAUCUCUUGCCUCAAGAAAGCUGACUACAGCCAACCUGCCCUGAGAUAUUUAUUCUACGGGUUGAAGGGGAGUGGGAAAACAUUGUCGCUUUGUCACACGGUCCACUUCUGUUACACACAGGGAUGGCUGGUGCUCCACGUCCCUGAUGCCCACCUGUGGGUGAAGAACUGUAAGGAGCUGCUGCCAUCAUCCUAUAGUUCCUCCCGCUUUGACCAGCCGCUACAAGCCACCACAUGGUUACGCAACUUCAAAAUCACUAAUGAACCUUUUCUUUCAAAGAUAAAAACAAAGGAGCGGUAUGUGUGGACGAAGAGGGAGGCCACCGAGGCUGGGAGUCCACUUGGAGAGCUGGUGGAUCAGGGCAUAUCUCGAGUGAAGAGCAGCAGCGACGUGGUUGGAGCGGUGAUGAAGGAACUCCGGCUGCAAAGCAGCCAACCGGGAGCGGAUUUCCGUAUGGCCGUGGUUGUGGAUGGUGUGAAUGCCCUGUGGGGAAGAUCCACCAUCAAGAGGCAGGAUAAGACCGCUGUGGAUCCGGAGGAGCUCACUUUAGUUUAUAACCUGAGAAAGCUAAUGAAGAAUGACUGGAGCGGAGGGGCCAUCAUUACCACUCUGUCUCAGACUGGCUCCCUCUACACCCCAAAAUCUGCCUACUUACCUCAAGAGCUGCUAGGAGAGAGGGGCUUUGACAGCGUGGAUCCAUUCAUCCCCGUAUCAGUGCCCAACUACAGCGAGAAGGAGUUUGAGAGCUGUUACCUUUACUACUUGGACCGGAACUGGCUGCAGCAUCCGCAGAGCCGAACAGAAGAAGGGAAGAAAGAACUCAUCUUUUUGAGUAACAGGAAUCCAUCCAUGUUGGAAAGACUUUGUGGCUUCUUGUGAAGUCACAGAAACAUUUCAUCAUAACAAUGCCACUGUAUCAGAAAUAUACAAGCAAACAUCCAUGUGUGUAAUGUGAAUCUUGCUGUAAAUUAUAUUACUUUGUUGCUUUGAUAACAAAACAUUAACACAAAACUAUGUUUGUUUGUUUUUUGUAUUUAAGGUUGGUUUUAGGCAUCCUAGUGCACAAUUUUAAACUAAUAAAAUAGUGCAAGUUUGAAAGAA